AUUUUCAGUGCUGAACCAUUGAAAAAGAAGAGAAAAUCAGAUCCUGGUUCUGCCAAAAGGAAAUCUGAUAAAUUAAAGAAGAAAUUUGAUAAAGAAUUAAGACGAAUUGAUAAAAGAGGAAAUCCUUUGAAACCAAUUGAUGAAUUUGAAGAAUGGCGCAGAAUGAGCAAAAUGCAAAGUACCAGAAAACGAGGAAGAUCAGAAUUGAGUCAAGAGGAUUUUGAGGAACGAGUUGUCAUUAUGAAAACUUGGGGCAGGUUUAAAACCCAUCAAAAUGGAAAAGAUAGCAAAGUAUUGCAUAAGUUAUUGUUGUCACAAGAAAAGGCUUUAGAAGAGUUACGUAAUGAGUCAGAGGAACUUUAUCAGAAAGCCAUCGAGGUAGAUGAGAAUUUAUGUGGAUUAGUAUUAAAAGGACCGUAUCAAACGCCACCGAUUCCUGAUUAUAUAUCGCCAGAUGGAGAAUAUGUAGAUAUCACUAGAACAGAUUUUGAUUCACCAUGGACAGACCCAACCAAACAACAAAUAAUUACUAAUGCUAAACAAAAUUAA